UACAUUUAAGUUUAUUUAAAUGCAGGCUAGUGCGGACUAUGUGUAUGGUGUAAGGUGAUAUUACAACCGAAAGUGUAGGCUGAAACUGACUGCUUUUUCCUGCUGAGGGCUUCUGCUGAGUAAUUGUUUUUGAAAGAUUGUAAAUAAUACGUUGUUAAUACAUGAAGCGUUAAACAUAUGUACCUCUUUAAACGAAAAUUAAAAAGUAGCUCAAACAAGGAAGUAGUCACGCUCAAGUAGACCCAGCUGGAGCUUCCACCUUCAAGAUAAAGUUGAGGAACCUUAAACAACAUUUUAAAAAUGACCAAUAAUGUUAAGUCGACGUCAACAACGACUGCGUAAUACAAUCAACGAUCGACGUAAAUUGCAAUUGUUGUAAUGUUUCCAGUUUGUGUGAAAACGUUGUUCAGAUGUGUAGCGAUGUCUUCUUACUUUGAAAAACCUGUACCGGAAGUUACCCCCCUACCUUGCCGUGGGCGGAAGACGCGGAUGCUGUUCGCAUCGCGCAGCUAGCGGCGGCCGGUGGCUGCCGAGUACCUCACCGAUUUGUUUUUUUAUUUUUGUUGACCGGGUUGUUGUUGUUGUUGUUGUUGUUUCCCUCCCUUCUCCGCCACCAUGAACAGGAUCCAGCUGAAGCGCUCCGGUAUCUUGAGAAUGGCUCUAGCAGGCUCGGAGACAAUGGACCAGGACGAAGUCAACGGCGAGACCUUCCUGUUCCGCGCCGUCCGGAUCGGCGCCGUGGUCACGCUCUACUGGUUCGUCUCCAUCACGAUGGUGUUCCUCAACAACUACCUGCUGGACAACCGGGACCUGGACGCGCCGCUGCUGGUCACCUUCUACCAGUGCCUGGUGACGGUCGGGCUGUGCUGGCUCCUGCAGCUGCUCGCCCGGCUGUGCCCGGGAUUCAUCGACUUCCCCUCGGUCAAGUUCGACCCGAAGACGUCGCGGGAGGUGCUGCCGCUGUCCGUCGUGUUCAUCUGCAUGAUCACCUUCAACAACCUGUGCCUGAAGCUCGUCGGCGUGGCCUUCUACACGGUCGGGCGCUCGCUCAGCACCGUGUUCAACGUGCUGCUGUCCUACGUCAUCCUGAAGCAGACCACGUCGCUGCGGGCCGUGCUGUGCUGCGCCGUCAUACUGGGUGGAUUCUGGCUCGGUGUGGACCAGGAAGGCCUGACGGGCAACCUCUCCUGGACCGGCGUCUUUUUCGGCGUGUUGGCCAGCGCGUGCGUCUCCCUGAACGCCAUCUACACGAAGAAGGUGAUGCCCGCGGUGGACGGAAACAUCUGGAAACUGUCCUACUACAACAACGUCAACGCCUGCGUCCUCUUCCUCCCGCUGGUGGUCGUGUCCGGCGACCUGGGCCGCCUUGUGGCCUUCCCCGGCGUCGCCGACCCCCGGUUCUGGGGCAUGAUGACGCUCGGCGGCGUGUUUGGCUUCGCCAUCGGCUACGUCACGGGCCUGCAGAUCAAGUUCACCAGCCCGCUGACGCACAACGUGUCGGGCACGGCCAAGGCGUGCGCACAGACCGUCAUCGCGGUGGUGUUCAACGCCUCCAGCAAGAGCCUGCUGUGGUGGACGAGCAACAUGAUGGUGCUCUGCGGCUCCUCGGCCUACACCUGGGUCAAAAGUCUGGAAAUGAAGAAGGCCCCCCACAGGGAGCCCGAGGACUCCGCUAAGGAGAAGCUGCUGCCGAGGGAGAAGGGCGACGCUGAAGUGUAGCAGAAGGAGAGGAAGGAGGGGGGGGGGGGGCAAUAAAUGCAAGAAGUGGGACGCGAUGAUUUUGGGUUUUUUAUUUCGAGCUUGAAGGAAUUUGUAUGUGUUUAUAUAAUAUAUAUAUAUAGUUUUAUUUAUUUAAAGCUAUUCACGCGCAUCUGGGGCCUUUUUACAGUUGUGUUGACCUAUAAAUGUCUUCUACCCAAAGUGUGGGGAAAAUGUUUUUAUUCAAAUUAAGGUUAUAUUUUUAAAUGUACAUAAAAAAUAACUUUUUACACCUGUUUUAAUUACGAUUGUAUUAGCAGGGUUUGAGCGGGGUAUUUUUUUUUUUUUGUGCCUCUGGCAACGACUACUGUCUCGAACGUUAACAAAGCCAUCCUGAAGUAGGGUAACCUAGGUAACGUGAUCCAGGUCAUCAUCACCUCGUCUCAAUGGGACUGACGUAGAAAAGCUUUUUUUUUUUUUUU